AUGGUAAAAGAAGAAACGACACCUCUUCUAGUACACUUAGAUGGCAGAUUGUAUGAUGUCGCGAAUUUCGCCAAAAAGCACCCCGGAGGAGAAAAGGUUAUUUUAUGCAAAAAAUUCAUGAAUUUGAAUAUUUAGGUUCUUCGAAAAGUAGCAGGAGAAGAUAUAAGCGUUUACAUGCGAGGACAGAAACGAACAUUAGGAGUUUUGCAUGAACAUUCUGAAGCAGCUUUUAAUAUGCUGAAGAAGUAUGAUGUCGAACAAUUACAAAAGGUUUUGCUUAUUCUCCAAGUGGCUUGUGAUCUUUUUUCAUUAAGUUUGAACUUUAGGGUGAUCCUGUAUUAGAUUCGAAGCGGGGUGUAUUGAGAAGGGUUGGUCUUCUCGGCCAUGACUAUUGGAAUUGGAUACAUCAGCCAUAUGACGGUACUAUCAGGUUAUUUUAGCUUUUUUAUUCGGGAAUAUAUUUUGAAUUUUAGACUUUUUGAUUCGAAUUUGCUUGAAAGCAUGACGAGAACGUAUUGGUGGACCGUCCCGCUCGUUUGGGUCCCAUUAGUGAUUCUUUUUUCCAUUUUGUCAAUAUUAUCCUUCACCGAUUCUCUUAGUAUGUUUUCAUCCUUUUCGUAAUCCGCUAACCCACAAUUUUUCAGCUCUCAAAGCCUCUUUAGGCGCUUGGGCAAUUUUAUUCGUCGUUGGUGUUUUAACCUGGACGUUAUGUGAAUAUUCUUUGCAUCGAUGGGUCUUUCAUUGGAAACCGGAUCCAAACUCAUCGCAACAAAUUUUACUGCACUUUUUAUUACAUGGUGAGAACUUUCAAAGCAACUUUCAAAUAUUCAAUUUUCUUGAGGACUUCAUCAUAAAACGCCAAUGGACGGCGAUCGACUGGUAUUUCCUCCAGUUCCAGCGGCUUUAAUAGUUUCGGUUUUCUACAUUGUAUACUCUAAUUUAUUUCCCUGGUAACUAUUUGUAAUAGAAUGAAGCAGAAUAAAAUAUUUUAGGCCAGUUUUCUGCGCAUUUGGCGCCGGGAAGCUUUUUGGAUACGUACUGUACGACAUGGUUCACUAUUAUCUUCACCAUGGAGCGCCAAAGCCUCUCACUAACAUGCAUUUCAGAAAAGUUUAUCAUCACAACCAUCAUUUCAAAAACUUUGAUGUUGGUGAGUAUUUACCGAUUGAGAACAGUUUUGAUAUAUAUUUUUUAGGUUUUGGAAUCUCGACAUCCUUGUGGGACUAUGUAUUUCAAACUGUAGGGCUGGGCCCAAUAUGA